ACUGUUUCCUUUUUUAGACUAUAAUUAGGCUAUAUAAAUUUUGUUUUUGACAAGUAGCCGAACCACAUAUUAAAUGGUCGUAUAAACAAUGAAGUAAACAUUGUAGAAAAAUAUGGAUAGAAAAGAGAAGCGUUUUGGUGAAACUGAGGAACAACAGAGAACCCGUUUUCAAAUUGAGCUUGAGUUUGUCCAGUGUCUAGCAAACCCAAAUUAUUUAAAUUUUUUAGCCCAACGUAACAUCUUCAAAGACCCGAAUUUUAUUAACUAUCUCAAGUACCUUCAGUACUGGAAAGAACCAAGAUAUGCCAAAUUUCUCAAAUACCCCCAAUGUUUACACAUGAUAGAACUUCUACAGUAUGAACAUUUUCGUAAGGAGCUUGUCAAUUCUCAAUGUGCCAAAUUCAUUGAUGAUCAACAGCUCUUACACUGGCAGCACUACCAAAGAAAACGGAAUGCUUUGAUACAGGAACAAGCAGAGAAAACACAAACACAGAAAGAUGGAAAACAAGUUUCUUUACAAUCAGGAACUUAAAUGAACUGUGUACACAAGUUUUCUAAUUAUUAAAUCUUUUCAAUUUUUAA